AAUUAAAACACUCUUAGACGCCACUAACAGUGAGGUUCCUACAAUUGUGCAGUUUGGACUGAGAUUCUUUCGAGUGUGCUGACUCUAUUUGUGCUGUUAAAGGAAACCAAAAUGCCUUUUACCCCAGCACCUCAAAAGAAAUGCCAGAGAUGUGCAAAGUCCGUUUACCAAGCUGAAGAGAAAAAAGACUCAAACGGCAAUCCUUGGCACAAGACCUGCUUCGUAUGCGUGGAAUGCAGAAAGGGCUUGGACAGUACUACCCUGAACAUGCACGGAUAUGAGAUCUACUGCAAGAGCUGCUAUGGCAAAAACUAUGGUCCUAAAGGAUAUGGCUUUGGUGGAGGGGCUGGAGCGUUAACAAGGACUCAGUGUAGACCAAGGAAGUAUAUCUCUUUGUCAGUGAGUGAAAGCUGUCUACUGCUGACAUCACAAAUUAUGGCUGAAAGGUGUCCUCGUUGUAAUGACCGUGUCUAUGCAGCAGAGGAGGUCAAAGCAGGAAAAAACAAGUAUCACAAACGCUGCUUCACUUGUAGCAACAAGCCCACUUGCAACAAGUCCUUAGACAGUGGCUCAUACAAUGACCAUGAUGGCCUUGUUUACUGUAGAGGUUGCUAUGGCAAACUAUUUGGACCCAAAGGAUACGGCUAUGGUGCAGGAGCUGGUGCACUCCAUUUGACGGGGAAGUAAAUUUCCCCUUUUGGUUACAUUCAGUGACGUGUAUGCAACUUACUAGUUACUGUGCACAACAUGGCUUCAUCUAUAAAAAUGAUCAAACACUCAUUCCAAGUAUUUUGAUGCAAGCAUUGUAGACUUUUUCAUAAGGGGGUUACUUAUCCAUGCCUUUUUUUGUAAUAAAUUACACUGGGUUAGCAAAAUUUUUCAGUAAAAUGGUGUGAAAAAUGUAAUGUUGUUAAGCAAAUGGUGAUCCACUGUGGUUUUGUUCUAGAUUUACAAGAUUAGUUUUGUAACAAAAUAAAAUGAACAAAACAGAGUUA